AUGUCUUCGGAACAUCAACAGCAGUCUCAACAUCCGAAUCAACAACUUGAACAUACCGCGACGUCUCAAUAUACGUCCAGUCGAAAAAUAAUACUGUCCCUGAUUGUUCUGGUGGUAGCUGUACUCAUAGCAGCUCUCAUCGACCCGGCCAAUCUGUAUACCCUCCGCCGCUUUUCCUCGCGGGUUGUUCGAUCAGCCACGACAGCUUCUGCGACUGCGCCAGUAACAGUGACAGGAUCGAACCUGAACGUUGAUUCAAAGAUCAAAUCUGCCAGUGGAUCAUCUUCCAUCAUGAAGACGCCUAUCUAUUUCCUCAGCCAUGGCGGGCCCAAUGUCAUGUAUGAAACAGGCCACCCAGCGUAUAAGAAGCUAGGAGAAAUCGGCAAGGAAAUCACCACGAAAGUCAAGCCCGAUGCUGUGGUUGUUUUUUCUGCGCAUUGGCAGGGUGGUCGGGAUACGAUUUAUGUGAAUACGGCCGAGAUGACCGAUUUGAUCUAUGAUUUCUAUGGUUUCCCGGAUCACUACUACAAAGAGAAAUACCCGAAUGUCGGAAGCAGAAAAGUCGCAGAUCAAGUCCUAUCCGCACUGAGCAGCGCGGGUAUCGAGGCAAAGGGCGUGAAGCGUGGACUGGACCACGGCGUGUGGGCUAGUUUCAAGUGCGCCUUCGAACCAGAGAAAAACCCCCUAAACGUGCCAAUCGUGCAAGUCUCCCUCUUCGACACCGAAGACCCAGACCAACACUACCGCCUCGGCCAAGCAGUCUCGCACCUGCGCGAGAAGAACAUACUCAUCAUCGUUUCGGGAAUGUCAGUGCACAACCUGCGCGAUCUCCGCUUCACGAGGGGUGGUAAUGCGCCGCCGAUGCCGUAUGCAGUUAGUUUCGACGAGGCGUUGAAGGAGGCUGUUGUCUCCGAUCCGGCGGAGCGGCAGGGUAAGAUGGCGAAGUUGCUUAAUCGGCCUGAUGCGAGACAGGCGCAUCCUUCAUAUGACCAUUUGCUCCCUAUUCAUGUGGGCGCGGGUGCGGCGGGUGAUGACCUGGGGAAGAGAUUGUGGACGCUUCCUGAGGGGAGUAUGAGUUGGGCGCAGUUUCGAUUUGGAGACUUGAAUUCUAGUAGUUCGUUGUAG